UUCAGCCACGACCCACCCGCUCCGCCUGAUUUUUUUAAUUUUAUUAAUAAUGAUUUUAUGUAAUAGCUACUCGCGCGUGUAUUCCACACCUGCUUCAUCAACGUGUCUGUUGCUUUGAGUGAAUUGGGUGACACGUUUCAUGUUAUGCAUGUUGGAAACUUGUUGAUCGAUGAAUAUGUUAUGUCUUUCUUAUAACCGAAAAUUUGGAUGACUAACUAAUCACUAGAGUAUUAUCACGUUAUUAGCGAAACCAUCUGAUUAUAUCCAUCUCUAUUAGGUAUUAUGUCUUUUUUUUUGAACGGCCAACUAAAUCGCUGGAUAAGCAUCCUGGGAUGCCCUCAAUAACGGUUAGAUUUGUAUGCAUACCCGAGCCACCAAGCCACCAGUUCCGGGGAAAACCCGCCCGCCCGAAGGCCCACUGCGGUAAAACCUGGGAAACCAGCAACAUGGCAUCUUCUUUGGCUAAGGGCUGCUAUAAAAGGACAGAAUCAAGAAACAAACAUUCCUGGUGGUGGGAUAGCCACAUCAGCUCCAAAAACUCCAAAUGGCUAGCCGAAAACAUCGAGGAAAUGGACCAAAGCGUAAAACGUAUGUUAAAACUAAUCGAAGAAGACGGAGAUUCGUUCGCCAAAAAAGCCGAAAUGUAUUACCAAAAGAGACCCCAACUCGUAUCACACGUUGAAGAGUUCUACAGAAUGUAUAGGUCACUAGCCGAACGAUACGAUAAUGUCACAGGUGAGUUAAGAAAAAACAUCCCCUCAGAUCUCCAAUCUCAAGGCUCGGGAAUAUCAGAUGUCGGGUCUGACGUCCCACCUCCGCGAGCCAGGAGUGGGACCCGAGCUGCGGGUUUUGAGUUCUUUCUUAAGAGCGGUUCAGAUUUGGUAACCAAAGAAGGAGACGAAACGUCUACAUUGGAUUCCGAGUCGGAGUCAGAUGAUUCGUCUGUUAAUAAUUACUCGAGUGCGUCGGGGAACAGUGAUCACCGAGGGCUGCGUAAGAGGAUCGCGGAAUUGGAAAGUGAGCUUCAGAAGAUGCAGAUGCAACAAGAAGAAAAGAUCAAGAUCGAUAAUGUAGAUCAAGAACUACGAGCUGAGAACGAAAAGUUGAAGGCCGAGCUCCAAAAGUAUGAAUCUCCGUUCGAUGCUAGAAUGAUGAGAGAAAAGCUUAAUGAUUCAGAGGAAGAAGUGAAAAGAUUAAGACAUGAACUCGGUUCUUCCUCGAAUGAUAAAAAUUUAGAAGAAAAACUAGUGUCAGCGCAGAAGGAAAUCGCAAGUUGGAAAUCGAAACUCGAGAAAGAGAAACGAGAAGUUUUGAAGCUUCAAGAUCGUAUCACGCGAUAUAAAACAAAUUUAUCGGAUCGUGACAGAGAAAUCCGGGCCAUGAGAGAAACACUGUCAAAUGCAAAUAAAACAUUAUCAGAAGAGAAUAUGCAGCUUCAAGAACAGGUCACAAAGCUUUUGAAAGAACGUGUGCUCUUAGACGAUAUGAUAAAAGAAUGGGAUUUACGUUGUCAGAUUUCGGAUGAGGAACUCAGGAGAAUGAAGAUUGUAAAAACCGAUCUGGAAGGCGAGGUGGAGAAGCUAAAGUUGGAAAACAACGAACUCGUGGUCAAAGUCGAUGAACUCGACCUUGCGUUGACUUUAAAGGAUGAUCAAAUCGAUGGGCUGGGCAAGCAUUUGGACCAGCUACACUUAGAACAUGUCGAGGUGGUUGACCGGAUUGAAAAGUCAAACAAGUCAAUAGACGAGUUGACUUUUAGAAGUGAAGAACUGGACAAGGAAGUCUCGAGGCAAGAAGAGGUUAUUAAAGAACAAGCCGAGGAGAAACGAGAAGUGAUACGACAGUUGUGUUUUUCGCUCGAGCAUUACAGAGACGGAUAUCAAAUGAUGAGACAAGCUUUCGUGGGUCAUAAUAAGCGACGCACGGUUAUGGCAUCUUAGGCUAAUGCCACAAGAUUAAAAUGAAACGGAUUAAACCGGUCGUUGGAGCUAAUAAUGAGUUGAUAUUUUUAUCACUGUCGGGUCGGGUUUUAUUGGUUUGGUUCCUAGAGUGCAAGUAAAGGUUUUAUUGGUUUGGUUUGGCAUCUUUAAUUUAGCUUUCGUUUUGUAAGCAUUUUAACUAAAGUCUUUUUGCAUUUGUACUAAACAAAUCUUGUGUAUUUUCCAACCAGAAAGCAUUGACGGUUGUAUAUUUCUUAUACCAUAUAAUCCACUACAAAAGUUUAAGAUA